UAUCUGGUAAAGGAUCAGUAUCGAUUCAAAACCAAAAUUUUGCUGAUAGCAAUAAACCAAAGAAAAAAAAGCAGAAAACUCAGCUUCAACAAUUAUUAGCCGAAGAAAAAAGAAAGAAAAAUGAAACCAAAGGUUCAAUAAGUGCUUCACCAGCCAUUGCAGACCUCGCGUUACGCUUCUCAAAGUACGCUCUUUCGAAUCCAUUAGAACGCAUCGAAAAAGAAACUAAAGACAAAUUAAAUAUGGAUCCUUCACGAUCUGGACGUGAUGCGGAGACUGUAUAUCGUGAUAAACAUGCUAUUGUGGUAUAUUAUGCAGGAAAAAAAAUCGAUAUUGCUGCACAAAGAGCUGAAGAGCAUGAUAAAGAAUUAAACGAGGAACAAAAAUCAAAAGAACGUUGGAAUGAUCCAGCUGCACUAUUUUUAACUAAA